CUCACAUAUAAGUAUCUCCCACACCACACAUUUACACACACACUUCCUGUAUCAGAAACAACAACUGAUCUACCGUCUUCACCUGCUAUUUUAACUAGUCACCUCCCGCUGCUUCGACAACAUGAGAGUAACGGUGGCAUUGUUGAUGUUGGUGGCUGUCUUGGGUGCCACUGAGGCAUCCUCGUUCUUCGGCAGCAACGACGCAGAGGCUGAGGAACAUGAAGUGAAGAAGAGAGAAGUUGAAUCAGAAGAUGUAAAGGAAGAGGAAGGCGCGGAGGAAGAAGGCGAGGAGGAGGAGGAGGAAGAGAAUGAAAUAACAAGAGAUAAUGAAGAAGAGGAAGAAGAGGAAGAGGAAGAGGAAGAAGAAGAGGAUGAAGAAGAAGAUGAAGAAGAGUAAUUUUAGUGUCUGAAGCGCUGACGGUGAUGAUGAUAAUGGUGGACAGAAAGAAAAGCAAACAAAACCAAUUAAUUAAUAAUAUCUCUAGUCACUCCAUUCAUAGACAUAUCUUAAUCAUGUUCACUUUCCACACAGUAAUAUAUCGUCGUAUGUUACUUCCCUCUCUGUUAUGGUAUCUCAGAUGAGCUUAUACGAUCGAACCAAGGUGCCUCAUGAUUACAACAAAUUCGGUGCUAUGGUUUACACCACCACCACCGUGCGAGUAUAGGUAUAUAAACAAAACACUAUCGAACCCACAUACUAAAGGAUGCCAACUCAUUAGUAUAACCACCCAGCCACUUUAAUAUAAAAUCAAAUAAUAUAAGGAAGGUUAGGUAACAAUAAUACAAAUAGUCAUUUAGCCAGAUAUACCGACAUACUCGUUUCUUCCAGCAGAUGUAAAGAUAACUGUGCUUCCAUAUAUUACUAACAUACGCACAUAAAAAGACAAUUUAAACGCCCUUCAUUAUUCAAUUAAUUAUAUGUGAAAUUAUAUAACUUAAUUAUACAUACAGUACAUUAAAGAAAGCAUAAAUAAAA